AUGGCAACAAAGAAUACAAAUUCAUACAUUCAAGAAGAAGACGAAGAAGAACAGGGUGAAACUUUGCAACAUUUCGAUAAAAUGUCAAGUGAUCUUCCAUGGAAUAUUAAAGAGAAAAGUAAAGUCGAAGAAAAAUUGGAUGAAAUAGAAGAACAAAAUAGAUCUGAAAAAAUGAGUCAAUUAUCAACUAGUACAACAACUGAAAAAGAUCCUAUCAGAAUAGUGAAAGAAAUCAAUGAUCAAUUAGAAAUAAUUCCAAAUUAUUUAACAAAACAAAAUAUAGCUUUCAAAAAGUUGAUAUAUCAAGCAUUAUCAUCGAUAACAACAACAACAACAGAAAAAUUAAAUAGCGAUACGAAUGAAUUAAGAAAAAUAGCCAUUUUAAUUUAUAAAAUUAUGGUUAUUCAAACUUAUCAAUAUCUAUGGAAAAUUUAUUUCAAAUCUGGUACAGGACAAUUGAUUAUUCCAUAUGAAACAAAACAAAGGCUAUCCUAUCCGACAACUUUAUCAAUAUGGCCGAAAGAAAUAAAAGCUAUUGUAUUAUCAAACAAGAAAGAUGCAACAAAUGAAAAUGAAAUUUGUUUAAAAUUUACCGAUGAUCAUUUAUAUGCACUGCAACAUCAAUUAAAACAAUAUCAACAAGAAUUGAAUAUUAAAGCAAAUAAUUUUCAAGGUUAUACAUUGUCAAUUCAAGAAAAGCUUAUGACAUAUAUUGAAGAAAAUCUUAAUUCUUCGUUAAGUAAAAAAAUUGAUCAUCAAGUAGAAUUGAUUCAUUAUGAUUAUCAUAUUAGAGCAUUGAAAUUAGAAUACUUUCAACAUAAACCAAAUGAAUAUCAAAGACAACUAAUGAAACAAAUUUGUGAAAGUAAAUAUGAACAAGAAACAUCAGAACAAGAAUAUGAAUUUUUAAAACAACAAAUUGCCUAUUACAAUUUACCAAGUCAAUCAUUUGAAUCAUCAACAAUAGCUCAUCAUCCGUUCAUUGAUUCUAUUCAAAAUUUAACCGUUCGAGAAGCAUUAAAGAAGCAAUUCAAAGAAGUUGCUAUACAAUCGAGAAAUGCUGUAUUUAAUAUGUAUCUGAAAUCAGCUGAAGAUCAACGAGAAGAAUAUAAAAAGAAACAUGAACUUAACAUAAAGAAAAUAGAUGCAUCUCAACACACAUUGAAUCAAAAUGAAAAGUUAUCUUCAACAUUCGUACAACUUAUCAAUGAACGUUGUAACAAAAUUAGUGAACGUAUUCAAUGCAUUUAUAAAUAUAAACGUCAAUGUUUCCAAUCGAAAUCAAAUUAA